GAAAGGUCCUUUAGAAUUAACAUAUCGAAUUUACGAAAACACGAUAAAGAGGUUGAAAUCGGGGGGCGAAGCAAAGGAGGAGAACGAAUCGUGCUCAGCAGAGGAUAAGUCCCAGUCGGAAUGGAAAGAAGUGCAAUUAAGGAUCAGUGAGAACGGUGAGAUGUGCAUCACUGGUGUUGACGAUUGCUUGGUGGUGAAUGAACCGGUUCCAAAGACAAUAAGUAGUGUUUGUGAUCAAAAAUCGGAGACGACGGUAGAUGUAGCAGAACCAAAACAAAAUGUGCUUCCAUCGCAGACUAACGAAACUGCAAACACCAAGAGAGAUGGAUCGGCUUUAAAGCUCAUAGGUAGGGAGGAUACGGGCACAACCACGACCAUCCAAAGUACCAUUGCGCCGAUUAAGUCCGAGGCGAAAGUUGAGAGUGUGAAGACGGUCACCACGACUUCGGUCGCGGGGGAAUCAACGCCGCCGACAAUUCCCGAACGUUUGGCAGGAAACAAACACAAGUUACCGAAUGCGCCCGAAGCCGAGCCACCUCCGAAACUACCAAAGCCCACAAUAUUAAACCAUACCUUAGGCAUACAAAAUUUAUCCAACAACCACCCGUUAAAACGGCACGCUCAAAUUAGACGAAGCAUUGAAAGCGUAUGCUCAAGCACGGCAAGUCAUAAUUCGACGCAUUUAACCACGGUCACUGUAAACUCCACGCCAGUAUCCUCGAUAUUUUCGAAGCAUCCGAACUCAACAAAAUGGCCCCCAAAUCGGCUACAAAGCACAAAUUUACCAUGUUACGCGCCUAAAACUACUUAUAAUCCAAUAAUCAACGUACCUAAAGUCCAAGCCAGUACAAGCAACACGAGACCUGAUCAAAAAGUGCCAACAUCUCAGGUACCGCCCACUUCUACACCGCCGCCCACGAUUCUAAAUAACAAAUUGUCAAUUAAAACCAAAUCGAAUAACCCUAUCGGCUACAAGACUCUCCGAGACCCGCCGAAAACCUGGAACCCCCAAAUAUCUAGGGCGAGCCUGCUGAAGUCGCCCGAUCCGAAAUACGCCGACCUGAAGAACGUGAGACCGGCGAAGUUCUUCAAAAUGCGGAACAACAUGCCGAGGUAUCUGGGUAAUCCGGCCUCGGGCGUUAAGCCCCUCUACCAGGUCCACAACAGUCCCGAGAAAGAGAAGAGUGCCGCCGAGAAGACCGAAAUAAAGAAGCACUCGAUCGUGAAAAUCGACCCGAAGACGCUCAAGCCCGUCUCGGAGAAGGCGCCCGACGUCGCGAACCUGAGCAAUCAGACCGAUCUGAAGAUCAACACGAGCUCGGUCCCGAUCUUCAACCCGCUGAAGCUGCAGAGCUCGCCGAAGAGCGACCGCAAGUCGCCGAAGAGCCCCCACUCGCCGAAACCGAAGGGCGCGUCGCCGCGCGACAAGCUCAACCUGAGCUACACGCCGCCGAACCCCUUCAUACCGAACCUCGCGUCACCGACGCUCAGCCCGAACCAAUUUCUCUACCCGCCCGGACCGCCCGGCUUUCCCCCGUACGACCCGCGAAUAAUGGCAGCUUACCACAGUUUCCUCUACGGGCAGCGCUCGACGUUCACGUCGCCGCCGAGCUUGGAUCUAAAUCAGCGCAAGCCCCCCUUCGAACUGCCCCAGCCGAAAUCGCCCGAGACCGCCAAGGCGGCGAAGGCGAAACGCGCCGGCAAAGAGACGGGGAAGAUCGAGAAGAGUCUCGAGACGGCCGUCGAGAAGCUGACCCAGAAUCGCGUCAAGGAGCUGACGAAGACCGAGACCGAAAACGGGCGGAGAACGCCGCAGGACCAAAAGGAGGCGAGCCCGCCAAGCGAAUUGAGGGCGCUGUUAGUGACGAACGAUUUAAAAAUUAAAGUCGACGCCUCCAAUAUAAGUGAUACUAAAGAAGCGAGUAGUAAUAAUAACAAUGCGGUUAGUCUGCCUUUAAUCGCCGACGCGAAAAAAUGAAGCUCAUUUUGACGAUAAGCUUAAUCAAAGUGAUAAAUUAGUCAUAUAUUUUUAAUUCACCUUUCGGGAAGGUUCUCUUGUGUGUGAUUACUUUUUAAUUUUUUCAUAUCAGCAAAAGUGCCUGCAUUUGUAGACAAUUCUAAUUUUAUUGGGGGAGAGAUUUUAUAGCGCAGCUGUGAGGUGCCUUUGCUAAUCACUUUCACACAUCAUCUUAUUAUCUACUAAUCAAAUAUUUUGAGGUAGCGCUGGCAACGCUGCCGCCAACUUCAGGGGAAUCGCCUUCUUGUCAAUUUUCGGACCAUCCCCGAUAGAUUGUCGGCGCUAUUUCUCGAUAAUACUCUCGCUUUUUAGUUUCGUGGAUAAUUAUCGCUUUUAAUUUGUUCCGGUUGUUGAUCGGCAUUAACAAUUUAUGCAGCCUAGUUUUUGACGUCGAGUCUUGGAAAUCGCGCUCUCUACGGGUUCAAUUUUGUAUCAUUGUUUCAAAACGGUUAUUGAUUUGUAAAUAAUUGUUAAUAAGUUCUAUGUUUUGUAUAUAUUUAAAUAAUUUCUUUUAAUAUAUAUGUAUUUUACACACAUUGUGCACUGUAAGUAUCUGAUCUGUACAAAAAGUGGGCUGUAUAAAAUCUCAGACGGCUUGUUUUAUUGGUAGAGUUCAAUUUUAUAGUAUUGUAGAAAAUUAAAGAAAUGUUUUAAUUAAGUUGUAAAUUGAAGAUUUUAUUGUACAUUGUAUAUAUUUCAGCACAGAUUUAAUAAAUAUUUAUAGUUUCCCUAUAA